AUGGAAACAGCUCCCCCCAACAUGAAUUUCUGGAUCGCCCCUGCCCUAAACCCUCUGCUUCUUUGCCCAGUCGGAUCCCCAAUUUCUGAUAUAUAUAACCUGAUCUUUAGAGAAGUGAUUGGUCGUUACAGAUUUUACAGUGCAAAAUCAAAACCAGUGGUGGAUUUGAAGAAGCUUAGGCCAGUGAUCUUAAAGAGGAUUGAGGAACGGGCCAAGGAAUAUCCUAUCAAACGCUUGAGCCCUGUAGCCCAUGAGGUCCUCCGGGCCCGAACGAUUCUCUACCACGGCGUAUCAAUGCUCAUCCAGUGCAUUCCCGUAUGGACAUGCCAAUACUGCCCAGAAGUUUAUAUUGGUGAGAAUGGUCAUUUGAUUCGAACUUGUGGUGGUUCCCGGCAUCAAGCAAAGAACCAGAUCCAUAAAUGGGUUAAAGGAAGCAUGGAACAUAUAUUAGUUCCUGUAGAAACAUUUCAUUUGCAGAAAAUGUUUCAGAAUGUAAUUGAUCACAAUAAGAGAUUUGAUUACGAUCGCAUUUCAGCAGUUGUGGAGCUCUGCUUGCAGGCAGGGGCUGAUCCUGGCAAUCGAAGUAUUUAUUCGACUCCAGAUGUUGAAAAAGGUAUGGUUGGCUCCAAUUCAUUGUCAGACGAUGAUAUAAGAUUGUUAGCAAGAGGAACUUUGAAUGCGUGGGAAACACUUAGAUCCGGUGUAGGGAAGUUGUUGUUGGUUUAUCCAGCGAAGGUUUGCAAACACUGUUCAGAGGUACAUGUAGGGCCAUCUGGGCACAAAGCUCGCCUUUGUGGGGUGUUCAAGUAUGAGAGCUGGCGUGGGACCCAUUUCUGGAAGAAGGCCGAGGUGGACGAUUUGGUUCCUCCAAAAAUAGUUUGGCAUCGACGACCUCAAGAUCCUCCAGUGCUGGUUGACGAAGGGAGGGGCUAUUACGGUCAUGCUCCUGCUGUAGUGGAUCUUUGCUCAAAGGCUGGUGCAAUUGCACCGUCCAAAUAUUCUUACAUGAUGAAGGUGGAUGGCUUAUCGGCACCACCAGUUUGA